AUGCCUCCACGGAGACAGCCUCGCGCAUCCUUCGAACCUAUCUCGCCCGGACUUGAUCUUGCGGCCCUCGUCGAGUCUACGCCAAAUUUCGAAUAUGUCGUUAGAAUCCAUUGCGACGCGAUCGACGAGCAAGGUAUUGAGGAUUUUGAGAGAUUGGUACAGCUACAUGUCAUUAUGGGCGGGAAGCCCCUCGUCGUCGAAGGCUAUCAGGAUAGACUGGAGAAAUGGAUAUUUUCCACACAGUGGUUAAAUGACAACUAUGGAAAAAAAACCGAAAAUGCGAGAAAUCUCACCACCAAAUCCAAUCUCCCGCUGACUAUCCAACACUAUCUGAAAAACAUGGCCCUACUGACGGAUCAAUGGACUGUAACAAAUUACAAGGAUGCGGAUAGACAACGGAUUUAUCUCAAAGAUAUUGACUGCCCUCCCGUUUGGUACGAAAAGCUCAAGAACCUGCUCCCACCAUUCUUGUGUUAUCUCAAUGAAUCUGUUCCCAGCAUGCCGACUGGCUCACUUAGGUCUGGGGAUCUAAUGAGCAGCCUCCCUCAAGAAAUGAGAGCAGAAAACUUGAUGUGCUAUAUUGGGCAUGAAGGCACCUAUACGCCAUCUCACCGAGAGAUGUGCGCCACUCUAGGCCAUAAUAUCAUGGUGGAAACAUCUACAGGGUCUGUGGAGGAUGGGAAAUUAACGAAAGCAGGCUCUUCUAUUUGGUUCAUGACUGAGACAAAAGACCGACAUUUAGUCUCAGAGUAUUGGCGCUCCCGACUAGGUCAUGAUAUCGAGAUUGAAGAUCACUUUGCACAGAUUAAUGCCUGGAAACUUGCUCCGUUCAAAACUUAUGUGGUCGAACAGAAAGCCGGUGACUUCAUCCUCAUUCCUCCGCUGGCACCCCAUCAGGUGUGGAAUAGAGGUACCAGGACUAUGAAGGUGGCUUGGAACAGGACUACUGUGGAAACUUUGGAACUGGCAAUCAAUGAGGCCUUGCCGAAAGCCAGGAUGGUUUGUCGCGACGAACAAUACAAGAACAAAGCCAUCAUAUACUACACUUUGAUGCAGUAUUCCGACACUUUGCGAGGGGCCGAUCCGCAUGCCAAUUCUAGGAUUCGACACUUACAAAGGGAUUUCCGGCGUCUCUUUGCCCUCUAUACCCGGAUUCUUCUCUCAGAAAGUUUCUCUAGGGAGCUACCCGUGCCAAAAAAUGUGGAAUACAUCCCAUUUAGUAGCAAUGUUAUCUGUUCAUAUUGCAGAUGUAACAUUUUCAACCGGUUCCUCACAUGCCCUUCAUGUGUUGGAAAACUUGCGGACGGAGACGAUGAUAACUAUGACAUAUGUAUGGAAUGUUACUCCAUUGGCAGAAGCUGCGCGUGUAUAUCAAAGCUCAGAUGGGUUGAACAAUUUAAAUGGAAGGAUUUGACCAAAAAGCAUGAAAUUUGGCGAAACCAAAUAUUACAAUUUCGGGGCAAAACUUCUAAUACUAGCGAAUUGCUAGAACCUCUUCUUGUUGAAAGAGAGCGGUCGGGCAAAAAGUCACUUGCUGAGAUUUGCCAGGAAGAACUCAAACGAAGGCCGUGGUACGAUAUUUCGAAACCAGCAGCGCGAGAAGAAAAUGAUGAGAUAAUUGAAGUGAAUGAUGAUGGCCAAGUAAGGAAACGCCGCAAAAUUCGCAGAUCUGAAAAGUUUCGCAAACAGCAUGGGAGCUGUCAUAUAUGCAAAGUCCCAGAACCCAAAUGGAAACUCGCCAUGUGCGGUUCCUGCGGAUUAAACUACUGUUACGGUAGUCUUUACAGGGCGUUUGAUAUAUCCCCAUGUACGAUUAUGGAGGAAUUGAGUUGGAAUUGUCCGAAGUGUCGAAAGAUCUGUUCUUGUGGAGCAUGUCGUCGGGAUCCCACCAUAAAACCCUACGAACCGACAGGAACAUUACUUGGUCACGAUACCAGAAAGGUCGCCGAUCCUCGGAGCGUGGAAAGCCUUGUGGACUUUAGCCACUCAAACAUUACUUGGAUUAUAAAAGCUGGAGACCACGGAGAUAAUCUCACCGAAACUCGGAGACUGAAACGAAGACUGGAGGAAGCAGAACAGGCCAAGCAGCAUGAUCCGGUAUUGGAUGAUCGUGACCUUGACCAUGAUGAUGCGGAUGCGUUGAUGGUUUCUGGUACCGGCCAAGCUACUAUUGAUCCUUCCGUAAUCCCUGAGGAUAACCAAGGCCACAUUGAAACAUAUGAUGAUAAUGGUGUCCAAAUUGACCCUUCCUUGAUUGAUGACUCAAUCGAUGUUGGACACCCGACAAAAACGAUAGUACCGCGCAACGCCGUUUUAAGAGAAGAAAUGAAAAACCGGUAUGAGGCUACGGAAGCAAUCACUUUUGAGUAUUGCGACUUAGAUGUUUCCGUCACAACUUCCCAAAAUCCCCCUGGAAGUACGUUAGCGGCUGGAAAUCAACCCACGGCCGAACAUCAAGGCCCUAAUACGCAUUCGACGCUGACAUUUGGUCUUGACGGCACGCGAGACUCACCUAACACCGCCAUUAUUCAAUCUGAUAUAUCAGCCAGAGAUCCAAAUUUAGCCAGGAAGCAAAGAACCCGCAAGAAAUCCGAUUUACUACAAUCAAAAGAAGAUGAGGAAUUUAUGCCUGACGUGCAGUCGCUCCAUAACAUACCACGAGGCAAUGUCAGGGCCGCAACAAGACGCAGUAAAGCCCGUAUUACGUAUACAGAAGAGCCAAUAGUUCUGAGCGACCAAGAGGAUGUUGAUGAUGAACCUGGCAGUGUGAAGAACCACAAUGCCAAACCACAAGAUCCCAACAGUGCUUCACGGCUACCUUCUAAAACAGCGGAGAACCCUGACGCUUUAGAACAAAAUGUUGCAGCGAAUACUAACAGCAAUUCAAGUCCAUAUUCUACAUCAUUUUAUGCGCAGCAAGCACUUGAGCUCGGUGAAUCGUCCCCAUCUGCUGAAUCUUCAUCCGCAAGUUCAACCGCAGCGAGUAAGCAGCAGCCGAUGACCCAGGUCGAAAAGAAUCGACGAGCAAAAUUGAUGGCUAUGCAUUGGGCAGGAGGAACUGCCGAGGAUAUUGACAGCGAGGGUUGGAUGUUCUAA